AUGUCCUUCUUCUCGUUCGCCACAUCUGUCGUGAGCAACAUGUCUGCAAUGAUCACCAACGCAGCAGAGACAGUGACAAACUAUAUCACUGCGGAAACUGAAACGCCCAUCGAAGAAGUUCAGGAGAAAGAUCAAGAGCAAAAGAAAGAGAAGAAAACUUCUGAUGCGGCAGUCGUGGUUGAAGAAAAAGCGAUAGAAAAGAAAUCAUCUGAAGAAAAGAUCGAGAAUUUCGACGAUGACUUCGAAGUUAUCACCGACCACGAUUUGUACGUCGUUCUCUACGAGUAUGAUCGUGGAAUCGCGACCGAAGAGAAUUUCUUCAUCGAUCUUGAGGAAUCAACUCGUUAUCACUGA